AUGACAUCGCUGGACCUUUACAGUAAGGGAGCAAGUGUGUGGAUUCCUGACGCCGAUGCGGUCUGGGUGUCGGGCCUGCUCCUCCGGGACUACAGUCCCGCAGAGAAGCACCUCCUGCUGGAGCUGUCCGAUGGAAGGGAGGCCCGGUACCCGGUCGGCUCCCCCGCGGACCUCCCGCCGCUGGGGAACCCCGACAUCCUGGAGGGGGAGAACGAUCUGACGGCUCUGAGCUUCCUCCACGAACCUGCGGUGCUGCACAACCUGCGGGUUCGGUUCCUGGACUACAGCAGCAUCUACACGUACUGCGGCAUCGUGUUGGUGGCGAUCAACCCCUACGACCAGCUCCCCAUCUACGGCCAGGAGGUGAUCGACGCUUACAGCGGUCAGGACGCGGCCGACAUGGAACCCCACAUCUUUUCUGUGGCGGAGGAGGCCUACCGCACUAUGACCAGGGAGGAGAACAACCAGUCCAUCAUCAUCAGUGGGGAGUCCGGCUCGGGGAAAACGGUCUCGGCCAAAUUCACCAUGCGAUACUUUGCUGUGGUUGGAGGAGCAUCGCAGCAGACCAGCGUGGAGGAGAGAGUUCUGGCCUCCAACCCCAUUAUGGAGUCCAUCGGGAAUGCUAAAACCACUCGCAACGACAACAGCAGCCGCUUCGGGAAGUACAUCGAGAUCGGCUUUGGCAGGCGAGGGGACAUCAUCGGGGCCAACAUGAGGACGUAUCUACUGGAGAAGUCUAGGGUGGUCUUCCAGGCGCCAGCGGAGAGGAACUACCACAUCUUCUACCAGCUGUGUGCCUCCAGAGACCUGCCGGAAAUGAGGGCCCUGAAGCUGGAUGCACCCGAGCGUUUCCGCUACACCAGCCGGGGAGGAGAGAUGCAGAUUCCUGGAACCGAUGACCUGCUGGACCUGGAGCGCACGUGCACUGCUUUCACCGUCCUGGGCGUGCAGCCCGACCAGCAGAUGGAGCUCUUCAGGAUCCUGUCAGCUGUUCUGCACCUGGGGAACGUGGACAUCCAAGCCAGCGGGAGAACGUCCGAACGGAGUUACAUCGACGCGGGCGACCGACCUCUGGCGCUCUUCUCCAAGCUGCUGGGCGUGGAGGGCCCCCAGGUGGCCCACUGGCUGUGUCAUCGCAGGCUGGCGGUCGGGGGAGAGACGCUGGUCAAACCCGUGUCCGGCCCGCAGGCCCGAGAGGCCCGGGACGCGCUGGCCAAGCACGUCUACGGCCGGCUGUUCGGCUGGACGGUCCGCAGGCUCAACGCCGGCCUGCGGGCGCGCCGCGGCGGCGAGCCGGCCGCGUCCUUCAUAGGGGUCCUAGACAUCUACGGGUUUGAGACCUUCGAACGCAACAGUUUCGAGCAGUUCUGCAUAAAUUAUGCGAACGAAAAACUGCAACAGCAAUUCAACAGGCACGUGUUCCACUUGGAGCAGGAGGAGUACGUCCGGGAGGAGCUGUCCUGGAGCAGGAUCGAGUUCAGUGACAAUCAGCAAUGCAUCGAUCUGUUGGAGGGACAACUGGGCGUGUUUGACCUGUUGGACGAGGAGUGCAGGAUGCCCAAAGGCUCAGACGAGAGCUGGGUGCUGAAGCUGUGCGAUCAACACCUGAGUAGCAAGCGACACCCUCACUUCCAGAAACCCCGCGUGCUCAACGGCGCCUUCGUCAUUGUGCACUUCGCCGACACGGUGCGAUACGAAGGCGACGGCUUUUUGGCCAAGAAUCGAGAUACGGUGUUUGAGGAGCUCGUCAACAUCCUCAGAGCGAGUCAGUCGGAGCUGGUGGCCGAGUUGUUCCAGCCGCAGGGCGACGCCUCCUCUGUGGCCGACGGAAGCGUUCGUCCGGGGAAACGAGCCCCCAGGGAGCACAAGCUGACCGUGGGCUUCCAGUUCCGUCGGUCCCUGCAGAUGCUGAUGGACGCCCUGAACGCCACCAGCCCGCACUACGUCCGCUGCAUUAAACCCAACGACCUCAAAGCAGCCUUCACGUUUGACCCCAGGAGGACAGUCCAGCAGCUGAGGGCUUGCGGCGUGCUGGAGACGAUCCGCAUCAGCGCGGCAGGUUUUCCGUCCAGGUGGACGUACGAGGAGUUCUUCAGCAGGUACCGCCUCCUGCUCGGGGGCCUCCCGGGCCGGGAGCACGCCCGGGCCUCGUGCAGACGAGCGCUGCCCCGGCUCAUCGGGGACCCGGACCAGUACUGCUUCGGGAAGACCAAGGUGUUCUUCCGCGCCGGGCAGGUGGCUCUCCUGGAGCGGCUGAGAGGCGAGAGGCUGCGCGCGGCCUCCGUGGUCAUCCAGAGCCGGGUCAGAGGGUGGCUGGCGAGGGUCGCGCACUCCAGGGUCCGCCGGGCGACUGUCGCCAUCCAGAGAUACUGCAGAGGAGCCGCGGCCCGGCGACUUGCGUCGACGCUGCGCUACACCAAGGCUGCCUUAGUGAUCCAGAAGACUCUGCGCAUGGUGCUGGUCCGGCAGAUGUUCCUCAUGAUCCGACAGGCCGCCGUCACCAUCCAGGCCUUCACCAGGGGCGCGUUGGCACGCUUCAGAUACAGACGGCUGGUGGCGGAGCGGGCCGCCGUGUCGCUCCAGGCGGCGGUGCGCGCGUGGCUGGCCCGGCGGGCUUACAGGCGGGUGCGCGCGGCGGCGGUCUUCGCGCAGUGCUGCGCUCGCCGCGGCGCCGCCAGGAGGGCGCUGAGGAGACUGAAGACGGAGGCCCGCUCCGUGGAGCGGUUCCGAGAGCUCAACAGGGGGAUGGAAGUCAAGCUGAUGCAGCUGCAGCUCAGGGCGGACCAGGAGGCCAGGGAGGUCGCGGCGCUGAAAGAGACGCUGCGCGCCGAGCGACAGGCCGCCGGCGCCGAGCUGGCGGCUUUGAGGGAGAAGCUUGGGUGCCAGGAACAGGAGAAGCCUCGGCACCGCGCCGUCGUCAGCGAGAAGGAGAAGGAGGAGGUGGAGGAGGAAAGGAGGAGAGCGGAGGAGAAAGCUGCCCAGGAGAUCCUUCAACUCACACAAGAGUUGCAAGUCCUGCAGAGAGAAAGGGAGAGUCUCUACAGCGAGAGAGAGGAUCUCUCCACUCGCUUGUUUGAACAGGAAAAAUCACAAGAAGGUGGGUUCUUCAGCAUCAUGCAGAUGCUGGUUAAAUGCUUGGUUUGUUUUUUACUUUCCGUGUGUGUGUGUGUGUGUGUGUGUGAGAGUGCGGCUCUGAGGACGGAGUUGGACGAGGAGAGGAGAAAGUACCAGGGCCUCCUGAGAGAGUUCACCAGACUGGAGCAAAGAUACGACAACCUCAGGGAGAUGAGUCUGCUCACCGAGCGCACCGCGGGCCACAGAAGGACGGACUCCACCUGCAGUCUGAGCUUGGAGCCUCCCUCCCCCACCCUGCUGUCUCCCCUGUCCCCCGGCCCGCUGGCCCCCUUCCCGCCUGCCCUCCCCGACCCGGAGGAGGUCCGCCGGGUCAGCGUGACGUCCCCCACCGAAACGCCGAUGGACCAGUUGAUGGAGGCGAUGGACAUGGCCAGAGACGCGAGGAUGAGCACAGAGGACCUGGCGCACGCUUACGACGCCGUGCGAGUGGCUAACAGGUUUCUGGAGAGCCAGCUAAGGGAGCAGUGCGGUCAGAGGGAGGAGGAGCUGGAGGCUCUCCGGGUCCAGCUCGGUCAGGCGGCCGCUGCUUCCAGCCCCGCCGCCCAGCAGCAGGAGGCGCAGGCGCUACUGGAGGCCAGGGAGCACGAGUGUGUCAGGUUGAGGAGGGAGCUGAAGGAGCUCAGGAGCACCGUCUCACUCAGACGAGUCGUGGCACAAGUGGUCAACCCGGAGACGUCCUCCUGGCCCACCCCGUCCGUCAGCGGCCUGCUGGAAUGUAGAAAGAGAGACGAGGCCAAGCUCCUCAAGAACCUCGUCACAGACCUCCGUGCAGACGGCGCCCUGCCUCUGCCCCCCGGCCUGCCCGCCAGCGUGCUCUUCCUGUGCGUUCGCCAGGCCGACCGCAGCGGCGAUCAGGCGCGCGCCCGCGCGCUCUGCGGCGCCGCCGUCACCGCCGUGAAGGCGGCUCUCAAGAAACACAGUAGUGAUGUAGACAUGACCGCUUUGUGGCUGAAAAACGCCUGUCUGCUGCACGACCUCUUGACCCAGCAUUCCCCAAAGCAGCCCCUCGACCCGGACGAAGUGGUUCCGUUGGCAUCCGACCCCGGAGACGUGGUCCGCGCCCUGAGUGACCUCUGUAUCCAGGCCUACCAGCAGCUCCUCUCCAUCACCGAGAAACGUCUGCAAAACGUCAUAGUACCCGCUCUGUUGGAGAGCGAGACCAUCGCAGGUCUGUCCGGCUCGGCGGGGAAGCCGGCACCGUCCAGGAAGCGGGCGGGUUCCGACCCCAGGCCGGCGGGGGGCGACGGCCAGGCGAUGUCGGCGUUGCUGAGGGAGCUGGGGGCCCUUCACGCCGCUUUGUCCCGCCAGGAUCUGCCCCCGACGCUGAUGGAGCAGGCCUUCGGCCAGCUCACCUACCUCAUCUCCGCCUCCGCGUUCAACAGCCUCCUGCUGAGGAAGGACAUGUGCUGCUGGAGCCGCGGCAUGCAAAUACGCUACAACGUGAGCCUCCUGGAGGAGUGGCUGCGGCGCCGAGGCCUGCGGGCAGGGGGCGCUGUGGCCGCGCUGGAGCACCUCAUCCAGGCGGUCCAGCUGCUGCAGGCCGGCAAAAAGACCGAUGGCGACGCGCAGGCCCUCGUUCAGACCUGCACCGCCCUGUCCAGCCAGCAGAUCGUGAAGAUUCUGACCCUCUACACUCCCCAGAGUGACCUCGAGGAAAGGGUCUCCCUGAAUUUCAUCCGGACCGUCCAGGGGCUUCUCAAAGGCCGCUCCGAGGGUCUGACCCCCCAGCUGCUCAUGGACGUGAGGCGGGUGUUUCCUGUCACGUUCCCCUACUCGCCUCCCCCCGUCCUCCAUGCCGAGCAGCUGGUCAUCCCGGACUCCCUCAAGAUCUCCUUCCUCCGCAGAGCCUGAGCGAGACGUGAACCUGUGAUUCAUUCAUUCAUGUUGAUGAGAAACUCUUCAAUGGAGCAGUUGAUUAUUAGUGAAGCGACGAAUAAGAAACAAAGGAGAGGAUUUUAUUCCUUCAUAUUUUUAUUGGAAGCAGAAACACAAUGAGACUGCAGUCACUUCGACCCCCCCCCCAAGAACAACCAGAAUUUAAAAAACCCAAAAAUUAGAAACAUCUUGUGUAUAAAAAAAAAAAAAAAACUCAUGCGAGUACUUUGUACCACUACACAUCAUCAGUAAUACAUAUUUAUAUAUUCACAAACAUUUCAAAAAUAGAAAACAAAAUAUCAAAAUAAAAGGAGACAUCAAUUGGCAAUUAACAUCAAAUAGUUAUCCGUGCUGGCACAAUACGUUUUUUUUCGUUUUGUUUUAUU